AAACCUUGAAACGAUCGCCGGUGGUGACGGAGAGGUCGAGAGAGCGGUGUAUAGCGAGGCGCGUUGGCCUGUCAAAAAAAGAGAAGGAUGGUGGCGCAGUGGAAAAAGACAGAGUUAGGAGCAAAAAGAGAAAACAGUUGCUCGCUCUGGGCUUGACCGAUGCCUGGGACCAGAAGGUGGCUGAUUUCUCCGGCAUGUGCAACAAGAGCAAAGGGAAGCUUCAUCUGGGCGGCGUCCUCCACUGGGCGUCCCUGGAGCUGGCUGCUCAGGCCGGGAAAGGAGAAGCAGAUCUAGAGGAGGAGAACGUAGAAAAGCCCAAGAUGUUCUACGCAGAUCACCCCUUCAUCAUCUUCGUCCGAGACAACGCUACCGGAGCCCUGCUGCUGAUGGGAGCUCUGGACCACGUAGAGGGAGAGGCCCUCCAUGAUGAACUGUAGCGCCAUCUACCGACUUUCCCUUUCUUUUUAAAAAAAAGUCUCUUUCACACUUUCUUCAUCAAGACAUUGCCAUUCACUAUGGCACAGUAUCACAUCAAACUACGUCUGGCUGUCAUACACUGACACUGCAUAGUCUGGCACUGACUGACACUGACACUGCCAUACCUGACGCCUACUGACACAGUCUCA